AUGCGGAAUUUGUGUAAAUAACAAUAAGAAUCAAUGAAAAUGUAAAUGUGCAACAACGUACACAUAUGAUGUAGUGGCUCAACUCGAAUAAACGCACAAGUCCAUCGAACAAGGAAACGUUUUUCAAAUUGCGGCUGCUGCUGCUUGUCGCCAUCAAUCCGCCGCACACUUAACCUGUCGCGCUGCCAGCCACAAAAACCAAGCUUACGCUUUAAGCGAUUGCGGGUUAGCUGAGAAGCAACGGCGUCGGCAUCUGCAUCGGAAUUGCUGUCAUAGUGCAAAAUCAGGACAUGCCAAGAGCCUUUCAAUUUGCAGUGUGGCUUACGUUACCUCUUUAAGAUGUCGCUGGCCGUCUCGCUGCGCCGCGCCUUGUUGGUGCUGCUUACCGGAGCUGUUUUUAUACUCACCGUGCUGUACUGGAAUCAAAACGUGAUCAAGACACAGGCGUACACCGAAUCACAGCUGCGACCACAUGCCCAAAAGGAUCACCAAUUUAUACCCAUACCAUUGGAGAAAUCGUGGACCUACAAAUGCGAGAAUGACAGAUGCGUGCGAGUUGGCUACCACAAAAACGGGCAGGACGCGAAGCGUGUCUCUUUCAUUAGCUGUUCGAUGACUUGUGGUGAUAUUAACAUUUGGCCCCAUCCCACCACCAAAUCACUGAUCAGUGCUCACACGCUGCGCUUCUCCGUGGAGGAUGUGCAGCUGCAUUUGGAUUCACCGCAUCGCGAGGUGUGCAAACAGUUGAAGUUAUCCUUCGAUUGGUUUCUGAAGCAGUUGCGGCAAAUACAGCGCUUGAACUAUGCGGUUCAUACAUCUGAGAUGCCAAUGGCAGCAUCAGCUGCAUCUGGUGGCAGUGAGUCAGCGUCACGAUUGAGACAGCAUAAUACCGAUCCGGAUGUGGCAGAAACGCCACCAGUUGCCUCCCUUUUUGGGGCCACAUUUAGCUCACAUCGUGCUGGCGACUUGGAGAGUCUACAAGUGAAAAUUUCGGUGCAUAAAUCGGGCGAGCUUGACUUUAAGCUGGACAACGAUGAAAGCUAUCAGCUAAGCUCGACAUUUGAGAAUCGUCGCAUUGUUGUGCACAUCACGGCGCACACAUUCUUUGGCGCUCGCCAUGGCCUGUCAACGUUGCAGCAGCUGAUUUGGUAUGAUGACGAGGAGAGAUUGUUGCGCACCUAUGCCAGCUCCCUGAUCAAUGAUGUGCCCAAGUUUCGCUAUCGUGGCCUCAUGUUAGAUACGUCGCGGCAUUUCUUCACCGUGGAAGCGAUUAAGCGCACAAUUACUGCCAUGGGCAUGGCCAAACUGAAUCGUUUUCACUGGCACAUAACGGAUGCGCAAAGUUUCCCGUAUGUCUCACAGCACUAUCCGGAGCUGGCCGAGCAUGGUGCCUACUCGGAGAGUGAGACGUACAGUGAGCAGGAUGUGCGCGAAGUGAACGAGUUUGCCAAAAUGUUUGGGGUGCAAGUACUGCUGGAGAUCGAUGCGCCUGCGCAUGCCGGCAAUGGCUGGGACUGGGGACCGAAACGCGGCCUUGGCGAACUAUCGCUGUGCAUCAAUCAGCAGCCCUGGAGUUUUUACUGUGGCGAACCGCCGUGCGGCCAAUUAAACCCAAAGAAUAAUCACACCUACCUCAUACUGCAGCGCCUUUACGAAGAGUUUCUCAAGCUAACCGGGCCCACGGACAUGUUUCACUUGGGCGGCGAUGAGGUGAACCUAGAUUGCUGGGCCCAGUACUUCAAUGACACGGAUCUUCGCGGUCUGUGGUGCGAUUUUAUGCUACAAUCUAAUGCUAGACUGAAACUGGCCAAUGGCAAUGUGGCGCCCAAACAUGUGGUUGUUUGGUCCAGUGCGCUAACAAACACCAAAUGUCUUCCCAAUAGUCAAUUUGUGGUGCAGGUCUGGGGCGGCAGCACCUGGCAGGAGAACUAUGACCUGCUGGACAAUGGCUACAACAUCAUAUUCUCCCAUGUGGAUGCCUGGUAUUUGGAUUGCGGCUUUGGCAGCUGGCGUGCAACUGGCGAAGCCGCAUGUUCGCCCUAUCGCACUUGGCAGAACGUGUACAAGCAUCGGCCCUGGGAACGCAUGCGACUCGAUAAGAAGCGACGAAAGCAGGUGCUCGGCGGUGAGGUGUGCUUAUGGACGGAACAGGUGGACGAGAGUCAAUUGGACAAUCGAUUGUGGCCGCGAGCAGCUGCACUAGCCGAACGUCUGUGGUCCGAUCCCAAUGAUGAUCAUGACUUUGAUAUUUUACCGCCAGAAGUGUUUCGUCGAAUCUCUCUGUUCCGAAAUCGACUCGUCGAGCUGGGCAUUAAGGCCGAGGCGCUGUUUCCCAAGUACUGUGCACAGAAUCCGGGCGAGUGCAUUUGAUAUUAUAUGUAAGUGGAGGAGGCGCAGCUGGCGCCCAACCUGUGCGUUAAUUAGUUAAUAGUGUAAUUGUUAUUUUUUAUGAUUAUAUUACAAUACAUAUUAAGCGUUAAGCGUCCACUAAACGUAUGCGAAAUAAGCUAACGAGAUGACAUUUUUAAGGACAUUUUGCGACCAAGUGGUUUCUGCGUAAUCACGAAUUUCGUAUUUUAUUUCGAAUAGUUCAUUUUCGUAUAAUUUUCUCAAGAGACACACACGCACACACAGACACCAACAUACACACUUACAUACCUAAAUAUAAAUAUGACUAUAGUUUUGGCAAUUGACAAAAUGUUUAGUUAGACAGUGAUAGGCAUUAGUUAAUAUACGAAAUUAGUAGACUUCAUACACUCACUGACAUGCACACAACAGGUAUAUACUUUAUAAGGCAUACAUGUAUAUGUAGUUUAGAGUGACUUAUUUGACAGGAUACACUUUUGAUAUUAUAAAAGCUCUAUUCUUGAAAAACAAAAUACAUGAUAUUCUUUAGUAUACAUAAAUAUAUAUAUACAUUGUGGGACAGUAAAUUGAUUUAUGUUUCGUUUUGCAUUAGGAUUAUUUUACAUUACAUUAUCAGUGAUACAAACAAUGUGACCUUAUGGAAAAAAAAUAAAUAAAUAGAAAGCAAAAGAAAAACAAAAAUAAACGAGAACAAAUAAAAAACAAAAUACAAGAAAAGCAUAGAUUUAAUAUACACGCAUAUGUAAUAGUAAUCGUAAUCGUAAUCGUAACAUACAUUUUUGCACGCAUUGACAAAAGAAAAACUAGCAAAUUUAUAGCUAAUUUUUAUAAUAAUUAUUGUAGAGCUGUGUUCACAGUGCAACUGAUUAACAGUUUACCUGUAUUUGACACCAAGUAUGCAUCAUAUUAUGGAUGCCUGUUAAUAAUGCAACACUGUGCACAUUCCUAAUCUUAGUUUACCCAAAUAAAUUAUGUUUAACAUUUAUGUUGUACUUAAGAGAAAGAGAUUUUGCUCUGUCAAAAAAAAAAUGUUAGUUUUAAACAUUUUGCUGUAACUUCAAGUCACUUU